UGUCCGGUGGGCAAACUCCUUCUUUCUCUUAGUGGUGGAAGAAGCCACAAGGUUCUUCUGUCCUCCGCCCUGUGUCUACCUCGCCGGUCCAGGCUGGAGGGUGAAGCCGCUGCAAGACCAAGCCCACCAGUCUGCGGAGACCGGACCCACGGUCUGCGGCUACAUGGGACUGGAUGGCGCGUCCGGCAAUGCUCCUGAGACGCAGAAGUUGAAUUUCGAAGAGCAGCCGGACUCAAGGGAAUUUGGUUGUGCCAAGACCCUGUACAUCUCCGACGCCGAUAAGAGGAAGCACUUCCGGUUAGUGCUGCGGCUUGUGCUGCGAGGAGGCCGGGAACUGGGCACCUUCCAUAGUCGCCUCAUCAAGGUGAUCUCCAAGCCCUCACAGAAGAAGCAGUCGCUGAAAAAUACAGACCUGUGCAUCUCCUCGGGCUCCAAGGUCUCCCUCUUCAACCGCCUGCGCUCCCAGACAGUGUCCACGCGUUACCUCUCUGUGGAAGACGGGGCCUUUGUGGCCAGCGCAAGACAGUGGGCUGCCUUCACACUCCACCUGGCUGAUGAGCACCGUUCCCAAGGGGACUUUCUACCCCAGGAAGGUUACAUCCGCUAUGGCUCCCUCGUGCAGCUCGUCUGUACAGUCACGGGCGUCACACUGCCUCCUAUGUGCUUCAUGGGAGUGUGCCCGUGACCUCAUGGCUAUCAGAAUAGAACUGCCUGGCUGGGAGAGCAGCCAGCCUCUGGGGAACCCCGCACCUUGCUACCCCUCUUCCUGACAUCCCUCUGCUGCAGAUCAUCCGCAAAGUAGCCAAGCAGUGUGCCCUCCUAGACGUGGAUGAACCCAUUUCCCAGCUGCACAAGUGCGCAUUCCAGUUCCCAGGUGACACUCCAGGAGGGGGUGGCACCUACUUAUGCCUUGCCACAGAGAAGGUGGUGAAGUUCCAGGUGAGAAACAGAGACCGCCAAGCACAUCAGGAAGAAUCCAGAGGCCGUAGGAUGUCAGA